AUGUAACUCGUGGUUGGUGACUGUGCACUGGUUGGAGGACUCUGACGUUGUGGUGCAGGUUUCAGUGUUGCAGGCCGGGCCCAGUGCUGCAGGUUGUCCGGUAGGGUGCCUGCCGAGCUACAAGCAUGCUGUCGAUGUCAGGAGCAGAGGAGGGGAACGUGAAGAAUAGCUGAAAACUGACGGUGAGCUCCUGUUAGGAAACAAACCAGAACGGCGAAUGAUUGUCCGGUGUGUUUAAGUGAGGAUUUCACUGUCCUCAGAUCAGCCGUUGAGUGACGCAUUAACAAGCACUGCUCGUUUCUUUUUUUUCUUUUUGCGGUUAUUUAAUGGGACAGCGAAAACGCAAAAAACGCAAGGUAGGCUACCGCUCUUGUCGCCAGCCCUGCUACUUUAUUUUCAUGGACUAAUACGACACACAGAGGGCUGAGAAAUGUUUCACUACGGCGUAAACCGCUCGUCUUCGAAGACAUCGUCCGGUUUUUAGCGUUAGAUAACCGUUAACGUGGAUGUUUUUUUGGUCGGGGUCGUGAAUGUAUGAAGUGCUCGGAUGUUUUAUUUUGUUUUGAAAAGCGUCGGUUAGGCUUCACCUCUUCAUGCCUCAACCGACCAACCACAUGAGAGGUCGACGUCCGGAAUAGCUUUAACCACAAAACAAAAGCCCCCCUACCACCACACUCCUUUUUUAAAAUAAAUCGUUUUCACCUGAACCGACGAGGAGAAAAAUGCGUGUGGAUUUGUUUUGGAUAUGUUUGUGGUGUUUCCUCCGUCCUGGUGCCACCGGUCAAGGGCAGUCGACGGCCGUUUGUUCGCCCUCAUGCAGCUGCGAUGAAGAUGGGGGUGCAGACUGCUCCGGGAGAGGGCUGACCACCGUCCCGGCUGGCCUCAGUGCUUUCACCUACUACCUUGACCUGAGCAUGAACAACAUCACUGAGCUCCCAGCAUAUGUAUUCAAGCACUUCCCCUAUCUGGAAGAACUACGACUUGCGGGGAAUGACCUGUCAUUCAUCCACCCUGAAGCCUUGUCUGGACUCCAUCAGCUCAAAGUCCUGAUGCUCCAGAAUAACCAGCUGAAAAGUGUGCCCAGUGCAGCCCUGAAGAACCUUCAUUCCCUCCAGUCACUUCGCCUGGAUGCAAACCAUAUUACCGCUGUUCCAGACAACAGUUUUGAAAGCCUGCAGCAGCUGCGCCACCUCUGGCUGGAUGAUAACAACCUGACGGAGGUUCCAAUCGGUUCCCUGAGACACCAAGCAAACCUUCAGGCUCUAACGCUGGCGCUGAACCGCAUCUCAUUCAUACCAGACAACGCCUUUGCAAACCUCACAAGUCUAGUUGUGCUGCACCUUCACAACAACAGAAUUAAGGAGAUUGGAGACAACUGUUUUGCUGGACUCGUGAACCUGGAGACACUAGAUCUUAACUUCAACAAUCUGAUGGUUUUUCCUAAAGCGAUAGAGACCCUGCCCAAACUCAAGGAACUGGGGUUUCACAGCAACGAUAUUGCUUCCAUACCUGAAGGGGCCUUCCAUAACAACCCCCUGCUCCGAACCAUACAUCUUUAUGACAACCCCCUAUCCUUUGUGGGUGCUUCAGCUUUCCAGAAUCUGUCUGACCUGCACUCCCUCAUGUUGCGAGGGGCCAGCAUGAUGCAGGACUUCCCCAUCCUUACGUGGACGAAUAACCUUGAGAGUCUGACCCUGUCAGGAACCAAGAUAUCGUCCAUCCCCGCUGAUCUUUGUGAGGAUCUCAAGUUGCUUCGGACGCUAGACCUGUCCUACAAUGAGAUCAAGGAGCUACCAGCCCUCCAGGGCUGCGUCCGACUGCAGGAGAUAAGCUUUCAGCACAACCGUAUCCAGCAAAUUGACAGGGACACUUUCCAAGGUCUCUCUGCUCUCCGUUUACUAGACCUGAGUAGAAAUGAAAUCCGAAUUAUCCACAGAGACGCUUUCCUCACCCUCACUGCACUCACCAACCUAGACCUGAGUAUGAACUCUCUGACUGCGAUCCCAACGGCUGGACUGAGCGCGCUCAGUCAGUUGAAACUCUCAGGGAACCCACAGAUGAAAAAUGUGCUGAAUGCAAAAAACCUGCCCAAACUCAGGUCCAUCUCUGUCCCUUAUGCGUACCAGUGCUGUGCAUUUGUCGGAUGUGAUUCAGCUGCGAGUUCUGCAGAGGAAAAUGACUUCAAGAAAUCUGCAGGCGGAGAGGAUGUGGAAAGAAUUUCGAUGAUUAUGCAUUGUUCUCCUUCACCUGGAGCGUUUAAGCCCUGCGAGCAUCUGCUGGGUAACUGGAUGAUUCGUCUGACCGUCUGGUUCAUCUGCCUGGUGUCCCUGGUGUUUAACAGCCUGGUGCUGGUGGCCACCUUCUCCCCCACACAGCGAGCGGCAGGCCAUUCUCACUCCCUCACCCCGUCGCUGUCUCCAGCCAGGCUGCUAAUGGGGCUUCUGGCCCUGGCCAACCUGCUCACAGGCCUGUAUGUUGGCGUGCUGACCGUGCUUGACGUUGCUACCUGGGGCUCCUUCGCCGACUUUGGCGUGUGGUGGGAGAUGGGGCCUGGCUGUCAGAUCACAGGAGCUCUGGCCGUCUUCUCGUCAGAAUGGGCCAUCUUGUUGCUCUCACUGGCAGCCGUGGAACGCAGCGUGGCCGUGCGGACGAUUCUCGGGAAGGUGAUGAUGUCGCCCAGGAGGAAUGGCGGCAGCCGUCGAGGAUGCUGGAGAGGAGAUCGACGCUUCAGCCUGGCUGCAGGACUGUUGGGGCUGCUUGCUGCUGCUGCAGCCUGCUUGCCUCUCCUGACCUCCAACAACCAGUCGACGUCUCCCCUGUGCCUGCCCUUCGCUGGUGGUGAAAGCCCAGCUCUGAGUGUUACAGUCGUUCUGGUGCUGCUCAACGCGCUGGCUUACCUUUUCACUGCAGCUGUGUACACCCAGCUGUACUGCCAGCUGGGCAGAGUUGAGCUGGCAGAUCCAGAGCAGACCGGCGCCCUGAGACACGUAGCCUGGCUCAUCUUCACCAACUGUAUCUUCUUCUGUCCUGUGGCAGCUUUCUCCUUUGCCCCUCUCUUAACAGGCUCCUCAGCUGGCGGCCCAGAGAUUGCCAAGUCUGUCACCCUCAUUUUCUUCCCACUGCCUGCAUGCCUGAACCCAGUGCUGUACGUGUUCUUUAGUCCAGCUUUCAGGGAGGACUGGCUGAGACUGCGCGGCUGCGGAGAUUUGAGCAGAGAGGUGAAGGCUGGUGCCGAAAGUCAUGGAGACGAUGGUGGCGGUGGGUCGGAGCUAACAGAUGGAGGCUCCUCCACCCACUUGGGCUUUGACUGUGGGGUUUACUCGCAGCUUUGUGGAGAGACAGUUGUAUGCGAACAGUGCGAGGCAGCGCUGCAUGCCAGGACCUGCUCUUCUCCCUCAUCCUCCACAGUCUGUAGACACUUGGUGAAGUCUCACAGCUGUCCCACCCUCCUGGCGGGAGCUGCAGUGUGCCAGCGCGCCGAGGGGUUUUGGGCAGACAGCGGCACACCCUCCGCUCAGUCUGAGUACGCAGAUGAGGGGGACUCGUUUGUGUCAGACAGCUCGGACCAGGUUCAGGCCUGCGGCAGAGCCUGCUUUUGUCAGAGCAAAGGUCUUCCCCUGGUACACUACUCAUACAACAUACCUCGAGUCAAGGACUAAGGAGAUUUCAGAGCGCCAGGAUGUCUGUGUGCACAGAUCUCUGUCAUGUGAAUUUAGAUGCUACGAGAACAUGUAAACAUUUUUAUAUCAAACAACAAAAUGUGCCCAAUUACCCUGCUACAAGACUGUUCAGCAAGCACUUAUGUUUAUAAUUAUUGUGUAAACAGAGAUGCAACCAAUCAUUUAAAGGGAACUUGGUAUGCUAUUUGAACUCAAAGACAGAUUCCAAAUGAGCUGAACUGAGCAUGUCAUGUCACAAUCCGGUCGACAAAGGAUCUCACAGGAAAGGAAAAUCUCACCACCAGUGCCUGCCUCUUGCUUUUGAUUGGAUAUCACGAUGUUGCAAGCCUCAGCGUACGUGUCAAAGAUUUUGUGAUUUAUUUUUUUUUUCACCUGUACUUAUAAGCUUUUUCACUUUUAAUUGUUAUACAUCUUCACCUUUUUGUAAAGCUUCUCCACAGCAACUGUUGAUUUUAUACAUUGAUUUUUUUUUUCUUUUUUUACAUAAAUGUAGCAAAUGUAAUAAUCAUCCUAGACUUUUCUGUGUGAAUGUAACUUUCAGGUGGUCUUUAUCCACGUGAAGGGAAUAAUGUAAUGCCAGCAACAACUUCUGCUCUACCUGCCUGUGAUCGUAGUAUGUCAGUGUGAGAAUGGUAUAAGUAAUCGCCAGUCUGUAAUAAACGUUUAUUUGCUUUAAGUUACUAAGACUAAGAAUGUGAUAAAAGUUGCAGAUAUCACUGUUUUAGCAACAGCCAUGCCUGGUGGUGAUGAAAGAUGUUAUUUAUUGUUUGAGUAGCAGGAGUGUCUGGGUGGAGAUGAUUGCAGGUGAAUGAACUUUGGUCUUUGAAUGAUACUUUAUAAUCCAAGCAUUCACUAAAACACUUCUCUGUUUCAUUCUUCACAGGGAACUUAGCCAUUUAGGUCAAUAUUUUCAUUAGUCUGAAAGGUAAUUCCAGUUAUAUUUAAACCUGGGCCUAAUUUUCUGAGUUUUUGCCAUCAUGCUGUUUGACUUGGAUCAAUUUUUUUCUUAACUGCAAAGCUACAUAUUGUAUUUGUCACUGGGCUAAGAGACCUAUCAAACCCAAGCAACAUAAAACCGUGAAUAUCUGAUAGCUGAGGUAACUGUUUUUAACCCAGCAUUUUGGGAAAUAUGCUUAUUCGCUGUCUUGCUGACAGUAAGGUGAGAAGAUCAGCAGCACUAAUCACAUUUCUUUAUGCUAAAUAUGAAUCUACAGCUUGCAGCUGGUUACCUUAGCUUAGCAUAAAAACUGGAACAAGAGAGAACGGCUGGCCUGUUUAGUCUAUUAAAAAACUGAGGAAUUAAACAAACAGGAUAUUAGGUGUCGAUCAGAGAGCUUCAAAUGGGUGACAGAUUAUGUUGCCUUCAGACGUAAAAUGAGCCGUUUCCCCUGUUUACAGAUUUUAUGCUAAGCUAAGCUAACUGGCUCUCGACUGUAUAGCAUUAGCAUUCAAUUAGCAUUCUUCUCUAACCCUACACAUUGUAGAUAAUAACUGUAGUUAUAAUUACUAUAAUUACUGCAAAAAUACUAAGAAUAAUAGAAACAUAAUUGUAGUUUGGUGACCAACAAGCAUCAAUCAAAUCAAACUCAACUGCAUCCCUAGUUGAACUCUGUGAGAAGGAUGUUUGCUGAUGUGCAUUUCUGGCUGAUUCAAAACUUACCAUUAAACUUAAUUUGGCUUGUCAACAACAAGUUAAACACAUGAAUACCGUCCAAGUUAAACACGUGAAUGUAAUCCCACUCUUCCACUUCUUCCAACAUGAUGUGAACGCAGUACAAGACUGGCAGCCAGCUGAGUCAACAAGAAAGUGAAUAAGCGGUGCCAAAAAAUAUGAAAUGGACCAUUAUAAUUGAAAUGUGGGUGAUCAUUAUUCAGCCACAGAUAUUUAAAGACAAGUAUCUGCAGUGUGUUUAGAAGGAUUUUUUUUUUUUUUUUUUUGAGGGGGUGGGGGGCGGGUUUGCAUGCACGUGUGCAGUCUGUGUACCUGUUGAGGUAAUGUGUCAACAAUUCAACCAGAAUAAGUACGCAUGACGGUACAAAAGUAGGAAAACAAGGUCUAUGUUGAAGAUAAGAGGAAUUAUCUUAAAGCUAAUUCACUGCCUCUAAUACUUACUGUAUGUUCAUUUCCAGUUUCAUUGUACAGGUAAUCAAAAGAGCAUUUUUAUUUUGUAAAGUAUGUCAACAUAGAUGUCUUCUCGCCCUGAUAGGUGACCUGAGUGAGGCUGAGUGUGUGUGACCAGGGAUUGACUGAUUGUUUGGUGUGCUGGAGCGUGACUGUACACAUUAAGGUGGAUACACCCUUAGAGCAUGUAUCCACAAGUGCUCGUCAUGUGAGCGCUCAGGAAUUUAGGCAAUGUAGAGAAGUGUUUUCUUCCACCAGCAAGACAUUCUUGUGUUGUUGUAAUGCACCAUUUUAAUCUUUGCGUUUUAUUUUCAUGUUUUCAUGUUGGCAUUGUCUCGACUAGGUGUGUUGGUUGUUGCACCAAACAAAAUGUCCAUUGAUUGUUUGAGAUGUCUGAUGUUCCAUCUGGUGGAGAUUUGCAACUGUUUUAGUAGUUUGCUUAUUGGUUUUUGUAUUUGUAUAUAAAUUAUUUGAAAAGAAAACAAGUAAUCAAAAAUGGGAUGCUAACUAAGAAAGCUACCUCCUCGACUGUAGUGGCUACCAGCAGUGCUUUGUAAAAGAAAAGUCUGUUUUCAUUUGCUGUUGAUCUUUGGUUGCCUUCCUGGAUUUAUGUUGACACACAUGGUUCUACAUCAUUUUAGAUAAGUGCAAAUUGUGGGAGGAAUCUUUGUACUGUAUACUGUGAUUUUUUUUUUUUUAACCAAACUAUAAACUGUUUUUUUUUGUUUGUUUGUUUUAUCUUUUAUAGAUACAAACUGGCAGAAUAAUACAGAUUAUGAAAAAUUUCACCUAAUUUCAUUUGAAAUUAAAUCUUAUUUGUAGUUUUUCAUGUGAGAUCUCCCAAGUUGUUUUAUUCUAUUCGAGUAGGAAAAUAAUUCCAUAAAUUGUGAAUGAAUAAAAUUGAAAGAACACAGUAAUAUUUUUAUUUACAUUUAUGUUAAAAUUAAAGCACAGCAGUGACCAUUGUUUUCAUCAA